AUGCCUCUACAUCGUAAGUGUAAACCCAAGAAGGAUGAGAAACACCAGCAAGUUCAAGGGGAGGCCCAUGUACGACAAGAGACCAGUUCCUUCUCUUCCACUCCACUUCGUGACGAGAACCCCCAGAGAUCUGCUGCUGCUAAGGUCCCUCAUACACCUCAAGAGCCCCAGGAACCCUUUUCCACCAUCAAGACUUCUAUAAACAGAGUGGCUGACAAGGGGGCCAAGCGACCAUCUAGGGAGUGUUUACAUUCCCCCAACACUGAGGACUUAUACCUUGACACUCUGGACUUGAGGGUAGAUAUACUGGAGCACUUUAUGCUGUACAAGUUUAAAAUGAAGCAGCACAUUUCCAAGGUUGACAUGGUAAAGAUUAUCAGCCCCAGAUUCAAAGACCAGUUUCACCAGAUUCUUAAGAAGGCAUCUGAGCGCCUUGAGGUGGGGUAUGCAAUUGAAGUUAGGAAAUCUUACUCCAUCUUUGACUCAUACUUUCUUGCCAGCAAAUUGUACCUCCCCAAUAAUGGAAGAGUCUAUCCUGGCAGGGGCUUGCCAAAGACAGGGCUAUUGAUGACAGUACUGGGGGUGAUCUUAAUGAAGGGCCACCAUGCCACUGCACAAGAGAUCUGGGAAUUCCUCAGCAUGGUGAGAGUAUUUCCGGGGAAGAAACAUUAUAUCUAUGGAGAGCCCAAGAGGCUCCUUACCAAAGAUCUGGUCAAGCUGGGGUACUUGGAGUAUCGUAAGGUACUUGAUAGUGAACCACCCUGCUAUGAAUUCCUGUGGGGUCCCAGAGCUCUUGUUGAUAGCUCUAGGGCUAAAAUACUUGAGUUUUUGGCCAAAGUCAACAAUGUUGCUCCCACUCCCCUCUCAUCCCUCUAUGAACCAACAGAGGAAGAGAAAGGGAGACGCCAAACCCACCUGACAGCCAUGGCGAAUGCUGCUCUCCUAGCGAAAGCAUUCAACUGGCUUAGUGGUCGCAACUCUCCUUGCCCCAUAUGA